CGCGAUCUCCGCUCUGGAGCGCGGAGGGGUCAUUUGGGCAACGGGCCAAUUAGGCGGCGUGGAGAUGCGGCUGCUACAGAGCUGGGGCCGCUGGCGCGCGGUGCUUACCCGGACCUACGGCCCCGGGCCUUCGGCGGGUUACCGCGGGGCCUCGGGCGCACAGGGUUACGUGCGGAAUCCCCCAGUUGGAGCGUGCGAUCUGCAGGGCGAACUGGACAGAUUCGGGGGCAUCUCAGUGCGCCUGGCGCGGCUCGACGCGCUGGACCGCCUGGACGCUGCCGCCUUCCAGAAGGGCUUGCAGGCUGCAGUACAGCAAUGGCGAUCAGAAGGUAGAACAGCUGUAUGGCUGCACAUUCCCAUCCUCCAAAGCCGAUUUAUUGCCCCUGCUGCUUCCCUGGGCUUCUGCUUUCACCAUGCAGAAUCGGAUUCAUCAACGUUGACUCUGUGGCUGGGAGAAGGGCCCAGCAGAUUACCAGGAUAUGCUUCACAUCAAGUAGGAGUUGCAGGAGCUGUAUUUGAUGAAAAUACUAGAAAAAUACUGGUUGUACAAGAUCGAAAUAAAUUGAAAAAUAUGUGGAAGUUUCCUGGAGGCCUGUCAGAGCCUGAAGAAGAUAUUGGAGACACAGCGGUUCGAGAAGUUUUUGAAGAGACUGGUAUAAAAUCAGAAUUCAGGUCCCUCCUGAGUAUUCGGCAACAGCACACAAAUCCUGGAGCUUUUGGAAAGUCAGAUAUGUAUAUCGUCUGCCGUCUAAAGCCAUAUUCAUUCACCAUAAAUUUUUGCCAGCAUGAAUGCUUAAGAUGUGAGUGGAUGGAUCUCAAUGACCUGGCGAAGACUGAAAAUACAACUCCCAUCACCAGCAGAGUUGCUAGGCUGUUGCUGUAUGGGUACAGAGAAGGGUUUGACAAAAUUGACCUGACUGUGGAAGAACUUCCAGCAGUUCACACAGGCCUGUUUUAUAAACUCUAUCACAAGGAACUGCCAGAGAAUUAUAAAACUAUGAAAGGAAUUGAUUAAGUUCACAUUUAUAUGUUUAGAAACCUGUAGACUAAUGAAUGACAUAAGAAAUAGUGGACAUUUUGGAUUGAUUAAAUAUCUGACUGUAAUUUUCUAAUGUAUAUGAUUUCCAUGAAGAAAUUUUGUUUCUAAAUAUGCACAUUUUAAAAGCCUCUUUUCGAAUAAAGCAAAUGCGUGAAAAAGA